AAGUGGAGCGAGAGACGGAGAGGGAGAAAGUCAUUCAACCUGAGAGGACUGGAACAGAGAUGGCGUUUAAUCAGCUAACCUCAACGGCUGUGGAGCUAUAUGAUGAGUGUAUGAAGUAUGCAGACCCCAGGACUAAAGACUGGCUACUAAUGUCCUCUCCGCUGCCGCAGACCAUCAUCAUUUGUGCCUAUAUCUAUUUUGUGAUCUCACUGGGGCCCCGGCUGAUGGAAAACAAGAAACCCUUCGAUCUGAAGAAGGUCCUUGUGGUCUACAACUUCAGCGUCGUGGCUCUCUCUGUGUACAUGUGUUACGAGUUUGUGAUGUCUGGCUGGGGCACUGGUUACUCGUUUGGUUGUGAUCUGGUGGAUUACUCACACGCUCCACAGGCUAUGAGGAUGGCACACAUAUGCUGGCUGUACUACUUUUCCAAAUUCAUCGAAUUACUAGACACAGUGUUCUUUGUGCUGAGGAAAAAGAAUAACCAGAUCAGUUUCCUGCAUGUCUUCCAUCACUCUAUAAUGCCAUUCACAUGGUGGUUCGGUGUCAAGUUUUCUCCAGGUGGCCUGGGAACAUUCCACGCCCCUCUGAACUGUAUAGUCCAUGUCAUAAUGUACACGUACUAUGGCCUGUCAGCACUGGGACCUACUUAUGAGAAAUACCUCUGGUGGAAGAAGCACCUGACGUCUAUACAGCUAAUACAGUUCGUGCUCAUCACCGUCCACAUCAGUCAGUAUUACUUCAUGAAGGAUUGCCCUUAUCCGUUCCCCAUCUUUAUUUACAUCAUCACCCUCUACGGCGUAGUCUUUCUCCUUCUAUUCCUCAACUUCUGGUAUCACGCAUACACCAAGGGCAAGAGGCUUCCCAAAAGUGUCCGGGGUGCAGACAAGGUCCAGAACAACAACGGCAUCUCGCACAGCAAACAGGAGUAAACGCAUAUAGCAACUUUGGAAAUGACAAUCUGACUUAAGGUGGUGUACUUCAGCACUGCUGUUUACUGGCCUACUGUAAACUUUUAUAAUAGAAAUAUUUAUAUUUGGGAGAAAUCUAUUGCACAAAUAGUAAUAUACUAAUUUCUGCAAAUCUAAACUUUAGUUUUUUUUAAAAAAGUCAAAGAUGAGAAUCUAAUGUUAAAUUGAGCUAAAAGAUACAAUUAAGAUCACAUUUGGCACCAUUAUUAUACUGCUGUUUCCACUAUCACUGAUCUCCAGCACGUUGUGAACGCUCAUGUUGGUUAUCUACACCAGAAACCACACCGGAUAAAUUUUCUGGAUUGCUGAAGCCACAGCUCUGACUGACAAGUCUCAUCUUUUUCUUAUACAUGUUAAAUACUGUUUGAUAUUGUGUGUAGUUACUCAUUUAUUGGAUACAAAACCAAAUUAACUCAGUGUUAAAGUUGCAGCUUUGCAUUUAGCUGUUCUGGACGUUCCAACAUGGAUCCAGUUCCAUAAUAGUAACAAGAGCAGGAGACUGAAGUCUGGACCAGUCAGCAGACUUUAUGAGAUUCUCCUAAUUCAUAAUACAUUUCCCUAGACAGGUAUUAAAGAAGCCCCAGUGCCUUAACCACUUUUUUCUCUCCUGCGUUCCCUGGCCUUUCUCACAGCUCUAGAAAACAUGCUGAUAUACAAUAUACAUAUAUACAAUAUACGUCCUGGAGACGUAGAGGAUUUGAAUUUAAAUGUCCCUGAAGGAGCCAGUGCUUUUAUCCCGACAUCUGAGUACCCAAUGAUCUUGGACCAGAUCCUGUCUGACCAUUAAUAUGGAUAGGAAGGCAGAAAGCUUUGUAAAGGAUCAAAACAAUUAUUCUGAGAAGUGCAAAUAUGGCUUCAGAUAAAAGUGCACUAUUGGUGAUUUGGGACAUGACCAACACAUCAUCAGCAUGUCUACUAAUACAGUUGACCAGAAAGGCAGCUUAUGUGCUCGUUUUAUUUUAGUACUGUCAUGAUUGUCCUUGUUUAGGACAGGAGUUAACUUUCUGAUUUUUAUACACGUGAACUCAGUUAUGUGAAAUCUAAUAUGUGAACAAAAUGUUUUAAAGUGUAUAUUUAUAAAGAAAUAAAAACCUUUCGCUGGAAAGUUAGUUUUAGUAGUAGUUUUUUUUGUUUGUUUUUUUAAGUGUUGAAGGUUAACUUGAUGUUAGAGCUCCCCCAUGUGGAGUGCUGUAUUGUUGCAAGUGUAAAUAAUUCAAUGCACGCAAUGAAUGUAGCUGGGUUUUGGUUUUAAUGGAAAUAUGAUAAACA